AUGCUGGGCACCUGCCGCAUGGUAUGCGACCCCUACCCCGCGCGGGGCCCCGGCGCCGGCGCGCGGCCCGACGGCGGCGACGCCCUGAGCGAGCAGAGCGGCGCGCCCCCGCCUUCCACGCUGGUGCAGGGCCCCCAGGGGAAGCCGGGCCGCACAGGCAAGCCGGGCCCCCCCGGGCCCCCGGGGGACCCAGGUCCUCCGGGUCCUGUGGGGCCACCCGGGGAGAAGGGUGAGCCGGGCAAAACCGGCCCUCCAGGGCUGCCGGGUGCGGGUGGCAGCGGCGCCAUCAGCACGGCCACCUACACCACGGUGCCACGCGUGGCCUUCUACGCCGGCCUCAAGAACCCUCACGAGGGUUACGAGGUGCUCAAGUUCGACGACGUGGUCACCAACCUAGGCAACAACUACGACGCGACCAGCGGCAAGUUUACAUGCAACAUUCCCGGCACCUACUUUUUCACAUACCACGUCCUCAUGCGCGGCGGCGACGGCACCAGUAUGUGGGCGGACCUCUGCAAGAACGGCCAGGUGCGGGCCAGCGCUAUAGCCCAAGACGCAGACCAGAACUACGACUACGCCAGCAACAGCGUGAUCCUGCACCUGGACGCGGGCGAUGAGGUGUUCAUCAAGCUCGACGGAGGCAAAGCGCACGGCGGCAACAGCAACAAAUACAGCACAUUCUCCGGCUUCAUCAUCUACUCCGAUUGAGCUCCCCGCGUCCCCCGCCAUCCCCUAUCCGCCCGCCCACACCCCCUGGGGCUCCCUUCCUGGCGGGCUGAGGACUAUCCAACCCCUCGCUGCCCAGCCCCGGCUGCCGGCCCUCCCCGGCUAUGACGCCCCCGGCCCGCCCUCGCCACCACCAGGGCUGCAGGCUAGGCUCUCCUGCCCGCCCUCCCCGGCUAGGACGCCCCAGGCCCGCCCUCGCCACCACCCCGGCCGCAGGCUAGGCUCUCCUGCCGGCUCGCCGCAGAGCCGGGUCCAGAGCGCGCCCGUCCCGGUCUCCGGGAGGCGGUGUCGACCGCCCCCGCCCCGGCCCGCGCUGUAUAUUUGUACUAUAGGACUGUUUACUGCCCAUCCUGCCCGCCAGCCGGCCCCAGACUGGGGACAGGUCUCGGCGGGGACGCUUCCCGUGCUCGGAUGCGCCGCCCUCCUGCUCCAGGGUGGCGUCUCCUGGGAGAGGGGUGGGUUGGGGCUGGAUUGCGUCCCAGCACCUGCUAAAGCCCCAGCCCGGCUGCACCCCAUCUGACCAAAGCUCUAAUAAAAAUACUUCCACCCUGCUGGCUUUGGGUCUGUGCCCUGGAGAGGAGUUGCAGGAGGGGACCAUGAACCCUGCCCUCUUCCAGAAAGGAAAGGGGUCUGAUGGAAGUUUCUAGCAGAUCUGGGGGCAGCCAGGAGCCAGAAUCAGAGCUGCUCCAGGAGGAGUGGGCUAAGGGUCCCGAAGCUCACUACAGCCCAAGUGGGCCUGGGCAGCAGAAAGGGGAAGCAGCCCAGUUCCAUCAUCUUCCAUGGUGGGAAAGUUCCAUUUAUCCUUGAAAGUGGCAUCAGCAAGGUUUACACUGGGACACCCAGGUUCUCAGUCCGGUACCACUGUGUGUGAUCUUGGGCAAGUCACUCCUUUUUCAGUUCUGGGUUAGUGACAGCAAUGACAGGAACACACUCGGCAAGAAAAACUGGUUGACGUUGGCCCAAGCGCUUCACCUCUGGGCCUCAGUUUUCUCAUCUAUAAAAUGUAAGUGACAAGACCUACCUCUCUUGAAUGAGGAUUCAAGAGGUAUCAUGUAAGUGUCCAAUAAACACAGCUUUUAUUCUUUAUACAUCACUGAAAGUUUGCACACUUCCAGGCAUGGCAUCUCACUCAAG